AUGCAGCCUGCAAGGACAUUCCUGCUGCUCACUCUGCUCCUCACCUCCUCCCUGCACCCUGCCCCAGCCCGCACCACCCCCACCGAAUGUUGCUAUGGCUACGUGGAGAAACCCAUCCAGCACCCCCAGGACUUCUACCUGACCCCCCCUGACUGCUCCUUGGCUGCCAUCGUGAUUGUGGCUGCCACUGGUGCUGAGCUCUGUGCUGACCCCAAGAGACCCUGGGUGAAAAGAGCCAUGAAAAAGCUGAGAAGGAAAAAAUGAAAUCCUCCUGCUGCCUCCCCCAUCUCUCUCACCCCUCCAGUCCUCCCAGAUCCAGACAGAACAGACAGAACUCCUGGCACUUCUCCAAAGGGUCCCGUGGUGGAUGGCAGAGCCAGAGGAGGGAUCAGCCCCUACCUGGUGUCCCAGGCCACCUCCUGCUGCCACCAUCAGCCUAGAGGAGCAAAUAUUCAUAAUA